UGGGCAGUGACAACAGGUGUCGCUUACCUGGAGUGAGAGAAGGAAGGAAGAGACAGAGAGAGACAGACAGCGGGAGUGAAGGGAGGAAUAUAAAAAGAAAGGCAGACAGGGAACCAGAGAGAGGAAGAGACAAAGAGGGAAGAGCGAGAAAGAGAGAGGGAGAGAGAGAGAACGGAGGAGUAACAGCCGGGGGUGAGAGCAAGGGAGACGAGAAGGAAAGAGAGUGAACGAGGGCGGCAGGAGAACAGACAGACAGCAAAGAAGAGAAGACGCAGGUGUCAGUGAGACUGCUGUACUCACAAUGGGAGGUCCGUGGAUGUGGAGCUGGCCCUUCCUUUCACUGGGGAUGCGACGGCCGGCGGCAGAGGGGUGAACUACAGGAGCAUGGUGGAUUAGGGGAGGGACCCCGACCGGAGUGCAGCUCUCUCAAACAAGAAAAACCUGUUUGACACCUAGCAGGGAGGCCUUCGCAGCUGAGACUUCAAGACAAAGUCAGGAUGAAGAUUUCAGCAGUGACAGUGCACCCCCUGAGCCUCACUACAGCGUGGAGCAGAGUGAAGAUUUCAGCAGUGACAGUGCACCUCCCGAGCCUCACUACAGCAUGGAUCAGAGUGAAGACUUCAGCAGUGACAGUGCACCCCCCGAGCCUCACUACAGCGUGGAGCAGAGUGAAGACUUCAGCAGUGACAGUGCACCCCCCCAGCCUCACUACAGCAUGGAUCAGAGUGAAGACUUCAGCAGUGACAGUGCACCCCCCGAGCCUCACUACAGCAUGGAUCAGAGUGAAGACUUCAGCAGUGACAGUGCACCCCCUAGCCUCACUACAGCGUGGAUCAGAGUGAAGACUUCAGCAGUGACAGUGCACCCCCCGAGCCUCACUACAGCAUGGAUCAGAGUGAAGACUUCAGCAGUGACAGUGCACCCCCCGAGCCUCACUACAGCGUGGAUCAGAGUGAAGACUUCAGCAGUGACAGUGCACCCCCCGAGCCUCACUACAGCGUGGAGCAGAGUGAAGACUUCAGCAGUGACAGUGCACCCCCCCAGCCUCACUACAGCAUGGAUCAGAGUGAAGACUUCAGCAGUGACAGUGCACCCCCCGAGCCUCACUACAGCAUGGAUCAGAGUGAAGACUUCAGCAGUGACAGUGCACCCCCUAGCCUCACUACAGCGUGGAUCAGAGUGAAGACUUCAGCAGUGACAGUGCACCCCCCGAGCCUCACUACAGCAUGGAUCAGAGUGAAGACUUCAGCAGUGACAGUGCACCCCCCGAGCCUCACUACAGCGUGGAUCAGAGUGAAGACUUCAGCAGUGACAGUGCACCCCCCGAGCCUCACUACAGCAUGGAUCAGAGUGAAGACUUCAGCAGUGACAGUGCACCCCCCGAGCCUCACUACAGCGUGGAUCAGAGUGAAGACUUCAGCAGUGACAGUGCACCCCCCGAGCCUCACUACAGCAUGGAUCAGAGUGAAGACUUCAGCAGUGACAGUGCACCCCCCGAGCCUCACUACAGCAUGGAUCAGAGUGAAGACUUCAGCAGUGACAGUGCACCCCCCCAGCCUCACUACAGCAUGGAUCAGAGUGAAGACUUCAGCAGUGACAGUGCACCCCCCAAGCCUCACUACAGCAUGGAUCAGAGUGAAGACUUCAGCAGUGACAGUGCACCCCCCGAGCCUCACUACAGCAUGGAUCAGAGUGAAGACUUCAGCAGUGACAGUGCACCCCCCAAGCCUCACUACAGCAUGGAUCAGAGUGAAGACUUCAGCAGUGACAGUGCACCCCCCAAGCCUCACUACAGCAUGGAUCAGAGUGAAGACUUCAGCAGUGACAGUGCACCCCCCGAGCCUCACUACAGCAUGGAUCAGAGUGAAGACUUCAGCAGUGACAGUGCACCCCCCAAGCCUCACUACAGCGUGGAUCAGAGUGAAGACUUCAGCAGUGACAGUGCACCCCCCGAGCCUCACUACAGCGUGGAUCAGAGUGAAGACUUCAGCAGUGACAGUGCACCCCCCGAGCCUCACUACAGCAUGGAUCAGAGUGAAGACUUCAGCAGUGACAGUGCACCCCCCGAGCCUCACUACAGCAUGGAUCAGAGUGAAGACUUCAGCAGUGACAGUGCACCCCCUAGCCUCACUACAGCAUGGAUCAGAGUGAAGACUUCAGCAGUGACAGUGCACCCCCCGAGCCUCACUACAGCGUGGAGCAGAGUGAAGACUUCAGCAGUGACAGUGCACCCCCCGAGCCUCACUACAGCGUGGAGCAGAGUGAAGACUUCAGCAGUGACAGUACACGCCCCGAGCCUCACUACAGCGUGGAGCAGAGUGAAGACUUCAGCAGUGACAGUACACGCCCCGAGCCUCACAUCUUGGCUCCUCUGCUGUAUUUUAACUCUUGGUGCUCCCCGUGGCUGCCACAGUGCAGUCAGUUUCGCCCUGCCCCUCUCCACUUGUUGAGCUUGUUGGACAUUUUUGCUUUGCAUUAAGCAGAAACAGUUUUUCAGUAAACUGUUUGCCUUUGUACAACUGUUAAACUGACCAAGCUCCUGUAUUUAUUUGUAAAUGCAUUUCACUGCAUCAGUCUGCUGACACUGUGUUAUAAGGGGGCAGUAACAGACAGAGAGACACACACAGAGACGCAGUGCAAACACACUUCAAUCUGCUUGUAAAGCACAUGCUCCCAGCACCGCAGGCUGUAUUGUAGCUGGAGAAGGUCGCUCUGCUUGGUGUGGUGUGCGAGAGCCAGUCCUGUCCUUAGGGACUUCACGGGGAAGCUCCCAGCCUGGCUGCAGAGGUUUAUAUUUACUGAGAACUUCCCUUCUCGUUUCAUCUUAAAAGGGAACCGAGCAUUCAAAAUACAUUUCAAAGUAAUCAGUUAGCUGAGGUCAGCUCUGCAAUGACAUUGAGAGCCAGGCUGUCUUGUGACUCAUAGAGUGACAGUACUGGCUCUGGAGUUUUCCACACUUCUGACUGCUAUCCUGCAGGACUGAUUCACACAGCCACUCUCACACACACACAGGGCUGCAGCCAGUCACACUGCUUUCACAGGAAAUGCAUCCACCCUGUGCUGUACCUAACACACAGAACGAUCAAAACAGACAUGCACACACACACAGACAUGCACACAGACAUGCACACAGACAUG